AUGCAGAGACGAAUCGGACGACCAGGACCAAGGCAACCAAAUGCAGAGACGAACAGUUUGAGGAAAGAAAUGCAGAGAGGAAUGGUUCUUAUGGAGGAGUUAGUUGGUGUUAGCUCUUGUGUUCUUGGCGAUAUGGCAUCACGUCCCAAUUUUGGUCUCAAUGAGCUUGAUUUUGUGUUUUCUACUCUUGUUGUUGGUUCAAUUAUGAAUUUUGUUCUCAUGUAUCUCUUGGCUCCAACUAUCUCUUCAUCGAGCCAGAGUCUUCCUGCAAUCUUCGCGAGUUCUCCUACGAGCCACAUGUUCGAGCCAGGGGCUUACAGUCUUUUGAACAAGCUUGGUACAUUUGUAUACAAAGGGACUUUGUUCGCUGCCGUUGGAUUUACUGCUGGGCUUUUUGGAACUGCUCUUUCCAACGGGUUGAUAAUGAUGAGGAAGAAGAUGGAUUUGAAUUUCAAGACACUAAAUAAGCCUCCACCAACGGUUUUGAAUGCUAUUACUUGGUCGAUUCACAUGGGUUUCAGCAGUAAUUUUAGAUACCAGACUUUGAAUGGGAUUGAGUUUUUGCUAGCCAAGGGAGUUUCACCAGUGGUAUUUAAGUCCUCGAUCGUGGUUUUAAGAUGCUUGAACAAUAUUCUUGGAGGAAUGUCAUUUAUGAUAUUGGCGAGGUUGACGGGAUCACAGAGUGUUGAUCAAAAUGAGGUAGGUACUAUCGAUGAAGGAUCAGCCGAAGAGAAAGAGGAGCUGGUGGAUGAGGCUGGUGAAUUGCAAAGCGAGCCUACUUCCAAGUAA